CAGCAUUCGCAGUCUCUUUGCUUCCGAACCAGGCGACGACGAACAUGCUGCUGCGCCGCCAUUCCGCGCUGCUCCGCGCUCCGCGGGCGAUGGCUGCCCGCUGGGCCUCGACGUACGAGAAGAGCAACGAAGGCGCGCUCGAGCUCAUGCGCGAGACGUCCCGCAUGGAGCGCGAGGUGCUGCUGCCGCUCAACGACAAGCUCUGCGGGCCGCUCAACCGCGCAGUCGAGGACCGCCUGCCCGCGCUGCCGUUUGUCUUCCUCCUCGGCAACCACUCGAGCGGCAAGUCGUCCUUCAUCAACCACAUCCUCAAGCGCGAUAUCCAGACGACGGGCGUCGCGCCCACAGACGAUGGCUUCACCAUCAUCUCGAACGGGUCGGCCGACUACGACCAGGACGGACCGGCGCUCAUUGGCGACCCGGACUUGGGCUUCUCAGGCCUGCGCCAGUUCGGCCCCAACUUGAUCCAGAAGACGAACCUCAAGAUCCGCGCCGAGAUUCCCAUGGGCAACAACUUUAUGAUGGUCGACAGUCCGGGUAUGAUCGACAGCCCGGCGUCGCUCAACAUGCGCUCCGAGACGGACCGCGGCUACGACUUCCCCAAGGUCGUCCAGUGGUACGCCGAGCGCGCGGACGUCAUCUUGCUCUUCUUCGACCCGGACAAGCCGGGCACGACGGGCGAGACGCUCUCGAUCCUCACCAACUCGCUCGUCGGCAUGGACCACAAGCUCCACAUCGUGCUCAACAAGGUCGAUCAGUUCAAGAAGAUCCACGACUUUGCGCGUGCGUACGGCAGCCUGUGCUGGAACCUCUCCAAGGUCAUCCCGCUCAAGGAUCUCCCGCGCAUCUACACCAUGUGUAUCCCCGUCAAGGACUCGCAGACGGGCGCGCGUACGACCGAGACCGGCCUCGGCUCGGCCCUCGACGACCUCGAGGCCUCGCGCGAAGAAGUCAUCAACGCCGUCAUGCGCGCCCCGGAGCGCCGCGCCGACAACCUCAUCACGCGCCUCUACGACAGUGCGCGCAUGCUCGAGAUGCAUGCGACCGUCUUUGAGGCGGUCCGUGCCCAGUACUCGCGUGAAAAAUGGAGCCGCUGGGCGGUGACGAGCUCGGCGCUCGUGGGCGGUAACGCGCUCGCGGCCUCGGCCUUUGUGAGCGGCAUGCCCGAAGUCGCGGCGGCGGUCUCGGUUGCAUCGCUUGUGUCGGCGUCGGGCCUCUCGUGGUACAACCGCAACCACCUCUCGGACCUGGAAAAGGACUUGCUGAGCGAAGAGGGCUUGACGCACCACUUCCGGCGCAUUUACGGUCGCCAGCUUGCGGAGAAGGACGAAUUUGUGUUUUCGAUUUGGCGCCGCGUGCUGCCGAGCCUUCAAGUCGCACUGGCGACGCUCGGGUUCCAGAACCUCCCCAAGGUCAAGGCCAACGACAUCCACGAGCUCCAGAAGAUCAUUGCGCAGGACAUCCCGCGCCUGCGCCGCCAGGCCGCGCCGACGGAAAACAGCGUCGCGCACCAAGUCGCAAAGCUCCUCCGUGGCUACUAGAUGCUAGCAACGAGAUGUAUAUAAUCCUGGAGAAUUAGAGACGGUUUUGUGCGCCAGAGUGUCCCCAC